AUGACUAUUACAACAAAGAUUGUUGGAGAGGAGGGAGCCGGUUCAUUCCGUGUUUACUUUAUGAACGGUGAUCAUGUUGUCUCACCAUUCCAUGAUGUCCCACUCUGGGUCAACCAGCAAACUGCUGUUGCCAAUAUGUUGGUUGAGAUCCCACGAGGAACCAAUGCCAAGAUGGAGAUCUCUACAAAGGAGUUGAUGAACCCAAUCAAGCAGGACGUCAAGGACGGUAAGCUCCGUUUCGUUCACGACAAGUACCCAUUCAACUAUGGUGCUCUGCCACAGACAUGGGAGAAUCCAAACCACGUCCAUCCAGACACUGGUGCCAAGGGUGACAACGACCCCCUUGAUGCCUGUGAGAUUGGUUCUGCACUUGGCACCCAAGGACAGUUCAAGCAGGUCAAGGUACUCGGUGUCUGGGCCAUGUUGGACGCCGGUGAGACUGACUGGAAGAUCCUCUGUAUCGAUGUUACCGAUCCAUUGGCUGCUCAAAUCAACACCAUUGAGGAUGUUGAGAAGCAUAUGCCAGGAAAGAUUGAGGAGGUGUUCACCUUCUUGAGAGACUACAAGAUCCCCGACGGAAAGGGACCAAACAAGUUUGCCUUUGACAGCAAGCUGUUGGACAAGGAGUUCGCCGUCAAGAUCACCAACGAGACACACGAGGAGUGGAAGGCACUGGUCACCGGUGCUUGCGAGUCCCCAUUGGCCAUCGAGUCCACCCUUAAGGAGGGUGUCAAGAAGUCCGUCUGCGGUCUUGCUACCAAGACUCAAUUGAAGCUAUGA